AAACUUGGUCGAACCAGAAAAUAUCGGUAAUACUAAGACCCUGCCAAUUCGUAUAUUGUAUUCAUUACAUUUCUUGUUAGAUAAUGCACUUGAUGUUAUUACCAGGGACAAGACAAAAUUAGGUCUCUCCCUGAUGAUCAAGGGAUAGGCAGGAUUGAAUAUGUGGGCCGCUUCUCUGGGUCGCAGGGGUCUAAUCGAUAAAACACCAAAAUUUUUAUGCAGAGCCAUCUUCUUCAAAUUGCCCCUCCAAACCCCGCCAAAGCUAUCACCACAAUCAUGGCCUCUACAGAACCUGCACAGAUGCCUCCGGCGGCUGAACGCCAAUCCGAGUUCGAGCAAGCCGUCGCAUACGCCCUUCACCUAUGGCCUGCCCUUACACUCUCAGUCCAGAACGGCUGGGGUGGUCCCGACUCUGCCGACAAGCGCGAUUGGUUUGCCGGUGCCGUUGCCGACCUCUUCCCAGAAUAUACCGAUACACCUCCCAAGAAUGGAAAGGUUCCCGAGGAUCCUGAUCUAGAAGAGGUUGAGACUGUCCUGCUCCAGAUCAUGGUUGACGAGUUCGAGGUCAACGUCGACGACGAUUCCGGCACAGAAGUUGCUGGAAACAUUCUCCGUGCUCGCGCGAGCUGCACUCUCGGAACCUUUGACGAGGUCAAGGCUCUGCGCACACGCUGGUUGAACCGCAAGGGGACAAAGGUUGAGGGUAUCUUCAAGAAGGCUGAGGAUGCCGACCAGGACACAGACUGGGAGAGCGAUGAAGACGAUUCAGAGGAUGACGAGGGUGGCGCUGAUGUCGAGAUGGAUGAGGCCCCCCCUCUGGUUGCGGUUCCUAAGGAGAAGCCCCAGCCUCAGGUCGACGAGGAUGGCUUCACGAUGGUCACCAAGAAGAAGAAAUAAACGCAACAAAGACAUAAAAACAAAAUGGGGGAGCAAUGGAACAUCAAAAACGAGUUUCUGGCAUUGGUACCCACAAGUUACAGGCUCUGGUUCUUUCAACAUGCCACAAUGGUUUCACUAAUUCCGAACGCCAAACUGGACAGCGACAAUCCUAUCCUCUGAAACAUAUACUGGGAUUUCCAACGUCUAUUCCCAGUCCUCAUCGCUAUCUGAGUCGUCUUCGUCACUAUCAUCUUCCUCAUCACUGCUCUCCUCCUUCUUCUUGGCGUCCUUAGGAUCCUUGGGGCUAUUGGGAGUCUGUGUUGUCUUGCCAGAUGCUGCACCGACAACAUCGUAGCUAGCCUCACUAUCCGCUUGUGACUUCUCGUCAUUUGACUUGCGGGGCUCAGUUGGCUUCAAGAGGGUUUUUGCAGGUUGGGUAGUGGUGACAGUGGUGGCAGUAGUGGCAGUGGUUGAGGGGGUAGCAGGGGUAGUCUUGGGCUCGUCCUUGGGUUCAACCUUGGUCUCAACCUUAGUCUUAGCCGCGGGUGUACUAGUAUCAUCGGAAGCGUCAGAGUCAUCCUCGUCGGAAUCAUCAUCACUCCAAGCAACAUCAUCCUCAGCGGAGGCAGCUGUCGGUUGUUAGCAAGGCACUGUUGAAAAGCCAAUUGACUCACCCUUAAGAAGAUCUCGUCGUCUAGCCUCAGCUGUCUCAAUACCAUGACGAAGAAAAUAGUAGCGCUUCCAGAAGUCAACGUAGGGAACCU